UUGCUCAAUCUUGAAAGUCUCUACAAAAAUGUAACCCUAUAAGCCUCAGAAUUAAAGUUGUAUUGUAUGUCAUUCUACUUACUGUAACUGCAUUAUGUUGUAAUGUGCUCGUGAUUUUGCCCACAUUUUUACAAUUCUUCCCAAAAAUAUUUCAAAACAACUUGUUCUUGGAAGAGGCAGUCAUCUCCCCUCUCUGCCCUUCAGAGGACAACUCAAUGAACAUUUCUCGUGCUACUUCUGGCAGCUGGAAGCUCAGUAAUUAAAAUCAAUAACCAGGCUCAACAAUCAGAGCCCUUCCAUUUAUCCAUCCUUCAACUCAAAGUGUCCAGCUCUCUUUACCUACAGGCUGAAGCUUUUAUCAGCCAUGAAACAUAAGCAUCCUCCUUCAAUCUAAUUCUUAUUGGACCCACAACACUGAGAACAAGAGGAUCAAGACAUAGAGAAGAGGUGCAGUGUUUAACCUUCUAUAGUGAUCUUAUCUUUUUUUGUCACAAUGAUAAACUGCUCAAGAUUGUCGCUGCAUUUUGUUGUAACAUAGAAUAAAGGUUGAAUUGAUAGUUGGAAGAGUAUUCAAUGUUGGUCUCGUGGCAGAUACAGAAGAGUAAACCUUUUUCACAGAACACAUUUUUGACCUGUCACAGGAAAAGCCUAAUAAUAAAAUGAAUGACAGCUGAAUUCUAUUUAGCUGCUUCAGUUUCCGGGUCCUGGCAUUGUUCAUGCUGCUCACUGUCACACUGCCAUGGUUCCCUGGGACACCUGAGUAGGAGAGAGCAUCGUUAGUGUUAUUGGUAACACCUGUGCUUUUCCUGCUACGGCGAGUCAAAAAAUGUCUGCUGUGAAAGAACCAGGGAAGGAGGGCAAACCAAAAGUAAGCUGGGGAGAGAGAGGAAGGGGGGAGGAGAAGGAGGAGGGAUGUGAGGAGAAGAUAAAUCUGCAUUCUACCGCUGCCUCUGGUCAGAGACAGUUGAAGCUACAGAGCACGCUCAAGGAGAAGCAGCAUCCCUGGCUGGAGACAUCGCAUUUUCGAUAAAGAAAAAUUAAAAAAGAAAACAUAUCCAGCUGCAAAAAGGCUGCAGACUGAUAUUGCAAGAGCAGAAAAAAGAAGAAACGAUCAACUGGACUUCACAAAGACAAAGCUAUGCGGCCGCGCUCCAGACUGCUGUCCAAAAGGAGACUCCUGCUGCCCACGAUCAGAGAGGGCACUGAGGAGAUGAUGAGGGAUUUAAAUGAAGUCAACACACUCCACAUCACUGGCCACGGCCAGGCUGUCUCUUCGGAGGACUACCUCCUCUCCAUCUGCCACCUGGCCCACCCCACAUUCCCCACCAGGGACGUCACCCCUGACAACAUCCACAGCAGGAAGCUGGACGCCAUGCACCAGACGCUGCGGCUGUCACGGCUCCGUGUCACCACAUCGACCACCUUUGAAUUCAACCCCACAGAGGAGGCCCAUGCCAUCGAUAUGCAGCAGAGAGAGGAGAAAGAACUGAAUGGCGAGCUGAUGUUUGGCAACUCUGACCCCCUGGAGUAUCUUUAUGGACACCAGAGCAACCUCUUAGGUGGUGUGAGGAGGGCCUUUGUCGAAGGAAGGUUUAUAAGGCACCAUGGGAGUAUAUGGGAGGGCCAGGCUCGCUCUAGAGCUCACAGAAUCCCCCGUGAUUCAAGUCCAGACCUCCCAAGCCAACACAAGAGCAGCUGCCCUGAGUUACACACCAGCACUAACACCUCUAUCUCCCCAAAGCACAGCUUCUCCAGGAGAGGGAGGCCGGCAGACAGAGGAGCAGAGGGGGAUUCUCAGAAUCCAAGCAUCAAACAAUCCCUCAUCUCCCAGUGGAUCUCUGACUGCAGGUCAGCAUGGAGGGAGGCACGUGUACGAGCAUGCAUGCUGCCCGCCAUCGCUGAGAUAUAGAACGCAAACACAGACUUUGUGACUGAAGACAUUCCUCAAUAAAGUAUCCUAAUCUUUAAUCGUUAGGAGAUAUGUAGAUGUGUAUUAUGCAGAUAAAUAUAAGGGAUAUAAUUAAAUAAACAUCUGAAAACACACAGAGGCAAGUAAAUACUAUCAUGAUUGUCCACCUGUAAUGUUGUAUUAAUGUCAUUACUGUUACGACCUACCUACACUUGAUGUAUGCUGGUGAUCAUACAAAAUCAUAAAAAUGGACAAAUCUGCAAAAUCUUUUUUUACCUUCCUGUGUUUUGUGAACUAAGUUUGAAUCAAUAAAACGGUUUUUAUAC